GGUUUAUCGUUUAUUACAUAUACCCCGUCGGUGUGCGCAGCCCAGUCAUUCCCUUUUCAGGCCAUUGACCUAUACCCUAUCACAGAUGGCCUCACUGGCGACCAUUUUACAAGCCGUUCGCGUGCGAUACUCGCUCCCGCCCGACGAGGUAUUCCAAUCGGUGGCUGCGUCGGUGGAACAGCACAUGGCGGCGUAUGACGCCUCUCAUGACUUUCACCAUGUCCUCCGUGUGACGGCGCUCUCCCAGACCAUUCUCAUGGGGGAGUCGGGGGCUCACGAUCCCACCGCGGUGCUUCUCGCAGCACUCCUCCACGAUGUCACCGACAAGAAGUACACGCGUACCGAAGAUGGGUCGAAGCUGGCGGAGAUACUCGCGAGCGCGAACGUCUCGCCUAGUCUGUCAGCGCGCGUCGUCGAGAUCGUCAACAACGUCUCGUACUCGACUGAGAUGCGCAACCCAGACCGGACACGGCAGGUGCUGGCCCAGCAUCCGGAGCUCGGUAUCGUGCAAGACGCGGACCGGCUGGAUGCCAUCGGGGCAGUUGGCAUUGGACGGGCGUUCACUUUUGGUGCAGCAAAGAUGCCGGAGUCCAGUAUGCAGCGCUCUCGUGAGCACAUCAGCGAGAAGCUGGUGAAGCUGGAGGGCCUGAUGAAGACAGAGACUGGUCGACAGAUGGCCAGAGCGCGCACCGAGAGACUGGAGUUGUUCUCCCAGUGGUGGGAUGAGGAGUGCGCUCUCUAGUCAUUUAUAUAUAGUUUUGUUUACUCGUUGUCUCUGGACGAUCAACUAAAUACGGUUUAGAUGGCUACAGUCAAAUGGAAUCAAAUUUGCCAAAGG